GCGGACGUUUCAGGCAUGCAUUCUUUGGCAUUUCUUCUGUUUAUAGCCAUUCAAACUGUGCCAACAUUGAGUCAGCUCUCAAAUGUAAUCUUCAGUAUAGACGAAGUGUCCGUUCUUAAUCGCGAAUUUGUAGAUUAUCUACUAGUUUUUGAAGGAUCACAGGACGACAAUCCAGAGGAUCAACGAUGUGGAAUAUCUCUAAAGAGACUGGCGGAAGCCUACACGAAGCGAGAACAGCACGGAUUGGAGUGGUACGAUUCGUGGGGCAAGCUUCCCUCUGGACUAUACUUUGGCAACGGGUAUGCGAUCGGUAACUUUGAACAGUGUCGCCGGUUCCGCUGGGAGGAUGUCAACGGACAACACUGCACUUUUGUGGCGAAAUUGCCAGGCCAGGGGUUACCGGUUUUUCUAUCUGGACUGUGCUUGCCUCAGUUCUGUAGAGCGGAGUUUGUACUGCAACUGUAUGGGGAUUACUUGGAAUCGAAGGGAGUCGCGAUUUUGCCGGUGCUGGACAUGUGCUACCAAGAUCGGACCGUGGAGUUUGAUGCUGUGAUCAUAACAGCAAUCACGAUUUUUUCAAUUGUUGCAGGGCUGGUACUAAUAAGUACAUUGCAUGACGUCUUUCAACGAUAUUACCAGCGCAAGGUAGAUCCACUUUAUGCGACCUUUUCGUUGUACCAAAAUCUAUGUAUGAUCUUACAAAUGAUUCCGCGAUCAAGCAAAUCAGUGAAAAGAGACGUAAUCGAGUGUGUCAACGGAAUACGAGCCAUAUCGAUGCUCUGGAUCAUCGUGUACCAUGUUCACUACCUAGCUAUGAAAAUUCCCGUUAACAACCCUGGAUCCAAAGUGGACUACUUGUACAGUUUUCCUUCGUCUGUGUUUUACUUCAUGGGACCUCUUGCAGUGGACACGUUUCUUAUUUUGAGCGGAAUGUUUGUUAGUUUGAGCAUCCUUAGAGAGCUGGACAGAAAUGGCAAGAUCAACCUGUGGUCACUUUAUCUAAGACGAUACAUCAGGAUUACCGCUCCGUUAGCAGCCUUGAUCUUGUUCACCGUAUCUUUGCUUGAAUAUACUGGAGAAGGUCUAUUAUGGAAUCAAAUGUUGGGUUCUACUAAGGAUUCUUGCAUCAAGUACUGGUGGUCAGCCCUUCUGCAUAUCCAGAACUACGUAAACCCUUCAAAUAUGUGUCUUUCCUGGACCUGGUACCUCUCGGUAGACAUGCAGCUAUACCUCCUAGCUCCAGCACUGAUCUACCCGUUGUGGCGUUGGAGGAACAAAUCCCUCUUCGGAAUCAUCUUCCUUGCCUUCCUAUCGAUGGGGUGCGUCUUAACCACCUACCUAGUCAACGACUUCAGAACCGCUGCCCUCAACGCUGGCGAUGAACAAAUCCUCAAGCUGACCUACUACCCAACUCACGCAAGAGCCGCAGUCUGGCUCUUUGGAGCCAUCUUCGGGUGGAUUCUGCACAACUGGCCCGGUCCCAACGGAGGACUGCUCCGAACGCGGUACUUCCGGUUCGGCUGGGCGGUGUGCUGCGCCCUGCUAGCGGUGACCGUGUACGCCAACUUUGAGCUCGUACGGACUGAUCCACGCGAGUACUCAGCAGUGGCGGAUGCCUUCUACCAAGUGUUGUCGCGACCGGUCUUUGGAAUCUGUGUCAUGUGGGUGAUAUUCGCUUGCGUCAAUGGGAAGGGAGGAGUUGUGAACGACAUUCUGAGUGCCCCGAUGUGGCAACCGCUGGCCAGGUUGUCCUUUACGAUGUAUCUGGUGCAUUGUUUGCUGAUCUGGAUGCUGACGGUGGCGAACGUGAAGACUGAUCUGCAUUUUAGUGGGGCGGAUUUGUUUAACCGAGCUUGGGGUGGUAUUGGGAUGACCACGUGCGUUGCGUUGCUCUGGAGUUCGUUUUUCGAGGUUCCCUUUGUAACUUUAGAGAAGAUGAUGUUAAGGAGUUAUAAAUAA